AUGCAUAUGUUUCACGGAUUAUGGAUAAUUUAUCUGUUUAUACCAUGUGUAUCAACUCAAAAAAAUUGUAAUCCAAUAUAUGUACGAUGGCAACGAGUAAAGAUAAUAUUUGGAGCACGAAUUGAAGGACCAUAUUCAUUUCAUACAUGCAAGGGAGCAUGCGCAAAUGAUGAAGAUCCUGUAAAAAGUGAUACGGAAGUACAAUGUUCCGGAUUCAAUCAUCGUCAUGGAUUACCACAAUAUUCACAACAUUGCCAAUUAUAUCAGGCUGAUCAAUUACAACAUGGUGAAAGUUUUUUUGAAGCCGAUGAUAGAUAUUCAUUUUAUUGGGAAUAUUGUGUUCAAUCAAAUAAAAGCUGUUCUGGAGAUUAUGCAUUUACAUAUUUAUCGGAUCGUUAUAUGGAUCAUCGUGAAGUUCGUGAAGUGAUACGAACGAAAACUCUUGAAGAUUGCUUAAGUUUAUGUUUGAAUGCAGCGGGUUAUGCAUGUCGUAGCGUAUCAUACAAUCGUACUGAUGGUGAUUGCAUGUUAUCACAGCAUAAUCAACUUAGUAAACCGGCAUUAAUUAAAAUUAACAACAAUCCCAAUUAUCGUAUCGACUAUUACGAAAAUAGUUGCACAAAUAAUUCAUUCUCAUUUGAUUAUGAGUGCAAAGAUGAUGGAAUACAGGUGAAGGUCAUUUCGAAGUAUCCAUAUACAGGUGCCAUGUUUGGCCUUUAUGACUUUUUCACAUGUCGCAUUGAACCUAAUGAAGAUACAAAAUUUGAAUAUUUCUUUCCGUCACCAACAAUUUCUAAGAAUUGUAGCGACAGCAUACGUUAUAAGGUAAUCUAA